ACAGAAUCCCACGGGAGGAAUGCAUUAUUCAUUCACGUUCUGACGUCUCUCCAGCUAUAGAUGGCGUACCAGCCGGAUUCCGGUACAGGGCAGCCCGGGUACCCAGGGUACCCCCCUCCCGCACAGGGUUACCCAACCCCUCAGCCUGUAUACCCCCCUCUUCCUGAAGGGGGUUAUCCUGGCCCCCCACCGCAGCAGGGAUACCCCGCCCCGCCCCAACCUGCUUACCCUCCCCCACAACAAGGCUACGGCCCUCCCCCUGUGCAGCCGCCCGGCCCCGGGUAUGGUGCGCCGGGACCCCAGCCUGGGUACGGCCCCCCUCCCGGGCAGGUCCAGUGGAUGCAGCCGCCGACAAGAGGCCCCCCGGGAUGUCCCCCAGGGCUGGAGUAUCUAUGUGAGAUCGAUCAACUUCUAGUGAAACAACAAGUCGAGCUCCUGGAGGCCUUCAUCGGCAUAGAAGGGGACAACAAGUACAAGAUCAAGAACUCAAUGGGGCAGCAGGUGUACUUCGCGGCGGAGGAUAACGACUGCUGCACCCGCCAGUGUUGUGGAAACGUCCGCUCCUUCGAGAUGAAGGUUUUCGACAACUCUCAGCAGGAAAUCAUCCAUUUUAGCCGCCCCCUACGCUGCAUGAACUGUUUCUGGGUCUGUUGUCUACAGGAGCUGGAAGUCCAGGCCCCUCCCGGGAACACCGUGGGGUGGGUGCGGCAGAUCUGGCACCCGUUCCUGCCCAAGUUUGAGAUAGAGGACGCCGCCGGUGACGUGGUGCUGGUCAUCGAGGGCCCCUGUCUCAGCUGCUCCUUCUGUGGGGACGUGGAGUUUGACGUCAUGGUUCCCGAUGAGUCCCAAAAGGUGGGGAAGAUCUCCAAACAGUGGAGCGGACUGCUGAAGGAGGCCUUCACAGACGCAGACAACCUCGGCAUCCAGUUCCCCAUGGACUUGGACGUGAAGGUCAAGGCCACGCUCCUUGGGGCGCUCUUCCUCAUCGACUUCAUGUUCUUCGAGCAGGUCGGAGGAGAAGAGCAGCAGUCGUCUGUUCUGUUCUAGUCACGGACGUUUGGUCUAAGAGUGACGCAUUCUGCUACGUAGAGACAUC